AUGGCGUCUGGACUCUCACGAAUUACAUCCCGACAAGAUGACGACCUGGUAACUGCCCACAUGAAGCCACCAUGGCAGGGUAGCACCCAACACGCGCGUAAAGUGAACAUGAUCCUCAACGCGAUGAGUUCCAACAAUUUCGAAACCAACCACGAGGACAUUACACGGAUGCUGGCUUGCGUCACCGAUUACUGGUUACCCAUCACGUCUUACUCCACGAUGCCGCCCGCCUUGGACCCGGGCCCAUGCUAUAGUUUCAUCGGGCAACAAUCUUCGGUUCUCGAUUCGGCUUUUGAAUUAGAUGGGCAACAUUACAAUCUCGACCAGCACGCCAGCUUCCCGGAAGGAAAGAAGCUACCCCGUACCCUCGAAUACAAGAAAGUGCUCGGCCAAGGCCAUUUCGGUUAUGUCGCUCAGGUGAGUGACGAAAACGGCAGCGUGUAUGCUCUGAAAGUCAUGACGCGAGAAACACAACACGCCAAAGCCAGGGAGCAGAUGAGGAUGGUCAAACAGGAGAUCGAGGUUCUGAAAAAGGUUGAUCAUAUGCAUUGCAUCAAGUUUGUUGGAAGCUACACUGAUGUCAGGUCAAUCGGCAUCGUCGUACAUCCCGCUGCGGAUUGCAACCUUGCCAGGUUUCUCUUCCACUUCAAUCACAAGCAAGAAGAUCAGUACAUGGUUCUAGCCAGCUUUUUUGGGUCCUUGGCCAGCGCCCUCGAGUACCUCCACUACGACCUGCGAAUCCGACAUAAAGAUAUCAAACCACAGAAUAUAUUGGUCAAGGGAGAGAACGUUAUGCUCGCAGACUUUGGAAUAUCCCUUGACUGGAGCGACGAUACUCACUCAAAUACAAAGCAAGAGGUUAAUAGAAGUCCGAUCUACUGUUCCCCGGAGGCGGCAGGGGACGAGCAUCGUAAUUCCAGGUCGGACAUUUGGUCCUUGGGCUGUGUUUUCCUGGAGAUGGCGGCCGUCAUCCACGCGCAGCCAUCUAUGUAUGUUCAAAGCAUACUAAAAAACCAUGGAUGUCGUAACUUCCGAGACUGCCCGGAGGGAAUUAAAGAGGCCAUCACGACAUUACGAAACAUCGAUCCGGUAGACAGGCAUCUUCCUCUCGACUGGGUGGAGCAAAUGCUCAAGAUGAGGAAAGAAGACCGUUGGACCUCGGCAGUGCUGCGGGAUGAGAUAUUCAAGAGCAGAGGGCAGUCUAAUCUGUCCUUUUGCGGAACAUGCUGUGAAGAACACAAGCCUCAAUCGCCCACGAGCUCGCCUGUGUUGGCUCCAACCAUGACCGGUGAUAAAAUAGUUGCCGACACUUCUGAAGACUUGAACAAAGGAGUACAAAUCCCAGAGAAAGCAGAGUUGCACAGCGCAACAAAGAAUGGGUGGCAGACGGUUACAUUGAUACGGCGCAAAGAUAUCUUAAGCAAUUGGAUCCCGGCCGGCCUCGUCAAAUCGUGCAAGUUAGAGGUGCGGCCGAAUAAGGAGCAAGGCCACUUGGCUCUGGGAAGUCAAGAUUUUACUUCAUCCGAAUACGUCAAACUGACCUUCACCGUCGGCGGAGGCCAAGUUCUGAAACGUAACUUUUGGGUAGCGCCGGUGACGGCACCGCUCGGCUCGCUGAUUUGGAACACUUCGGCGCCGUAA